CUCAGUCAGUCCGACCCGAAGAGAAGCAGAGUCCACGGCUAAAAAUACAAGAGCUAACGCAAGAUGGCCGGUUUGCCUCGUAGGAUUAUAAAGGAGACGCAGCGGUUGAUGGCGGAGCCCGUUCCAGGGAUCACGGCUACGCCCGACGAAGGGAACGCUCGCUACUUCCACGUGGUCAUCGCGGGGCCUCAGGACUCUCCGUUUGAAGGAGGCACAUUUAAACUUGAACUAUUUCUUCCAGAAGAGUAUCCCAUGGCAGCUCCCAAAGUGCGAUUCAUGACCAAAAUCUACCACCCCAACGUCGACAAACUGGGAAGAAUAUGUUUAGACAUUUUGAAAGAUAAGUGGUCUCCAGCCCUGCAGAUCCGUACAGUGUUGCUAUCUAUCCAGGCGUUAUUAAGUGCUCCCAAUCCAGAUGAUCCCCUGGCAAAUGACGUCGCAGAGCAGUGGAAGAAAAACGAAAGCCAUGCCAUUGAGACAGCCCGAACAUGGACCAGGCUCUACGCGGGCCCCAGCGAAGUAUAGAAGAAGAGAGACGAGGCGACUGAAUGUGAUCCACAACAUGUACUCCUAAUAUGUCAACAUUUGAAUAUAACGGACACACACACAAAAAAAAACGAGAAAAGAAAAAAAAAACAAGAUCAUAAGUCCAAAUCUAUCUCAAAAGAAUUGACUGAUUCACUGCUGCAGACCUCUGGGUGACUUAUUCUCCCCUCGAAGACGCGUUCAACGUGUACGUCUAUUAUUAUUUUAUGUUCUUUCUGUGUUGCUAUUUAAAAUGCAUGGGCAGAGGAUGGCACCCUCCCCACUACAGUCUUAAAAUCACCAUGCAAUAUGUUGUCCUGAAGUAGGCACAUACUGGUACGUUUGCAAACUAUACAUUAAAGCUGCCCUUCUUUUAACACA